CCCCUCAGCCCACGUGGUUAGAGGGUUCCAGAAGCGCUGCCUGCACCGCGUCGCACGGUUUACGGCCACCUAAACGGCUGUCGCUUCCUUCGUAUUCCCUCCACCUAGCCGCCAUGAUAAGCGCCAGUCGAGCCGCAGCAGUCCGUUUCAUAGGCGCUGCGACCUCCCGAGGCGCGAUCUCCCGCCACCAGGAUGGCUGGAAUGGCUUUAGUCAUGAGGCAUUUAGAUUUAUUUCAAGAAGAGAUUAUGCAUCCGAAGCAAUCAAGGGUGCAGUUGUUGGUAUUGAUUUGGGUACUACUAAUUCCUGUGUGGCAGUAAUGGAGGGUAAACAAGCAAAGGUGCUGGAGAAUGCUGAAGGUGCCAGAACUACCCCUUCUGUUGUUGCUUUUACAGCAGAUGGGGAGCGACUUGUUGGCAUGCCAGCAAAGCGACAGGCUGUCACCAACCCAAACAAUACAUUCUAUGCCACCAAGCGUCUCAUUGGCCGGCGCUAUGAUGAUCCUGAAGUACAGAAAGACAUUAAAAAUGUUCCUUUUAAAAUUGUCCGUGCCUCCAAUGGUGAUGCCUGGGUUGAAGCUCAUGGAAAACUCUAUUCUCCAAGUCAGAUUGGAGCAUUUGUGUUGAUGAAGAUGAAAGAGACUGCAGAAAAUUACUUGGGGCAUACUGCAAAAAAUGCUGUGAUUACAGUCCCUGCUUAUUUCAAUGAUUCACAGAGACAGGCUACUAAGGAUGCUGGCCAGAUAUCUGGACUGAAUGUGCUGCGGGUGAUUAAUGAACCAACAGCUGCUGCUCUGGCAUAUGGUUUGGAUAAAUCUGAAGACAAAAUCAUUGCUGUAUAUGAUUUAGGUGGUGGAACUUUUGAUAUUUCUAUCCUGGAAAUUCAGAAAGGAGUAUUUGAAGUGAAAUCUACCAAUGGGGACACUUUCUUAGGUGGUGAAGACUUUGACCAAGCCUUGUUACAACACAUUGUUAAAGAGUUCAAGAGAGAGACAGGGGUUGAUUUGACCAAAGACAACAUGGCGCUUCAAAGAGUGCGGGAAGCGGCUGAGAAGGCUAAGUGUGAACUCUCCUCAUCUGUGCAGACUGACAUUAACUUGCCAUACCUUACAAUGGAUGCUUCUGGGCCCAAACAUUUGAAUAUGAAGCUGACCCGAGCACAGUUUGAGGGGAUUGUCACUGAUCUAAUCAAGAGGACUAUUGCUCCAUGCCAGAAAGCUAUGCAGGAUGCAGAAGUCAGCAAGAGUGACAUAGGAGAAGUGAUUCUUGUUGGUGGCAUGACUAGGAUGCCCAAGGUUCAGCAGACUGUACAAGAUCUUUUUGGCCGAGCUCCAAGUAAAGCUGUCAAUCCUGAUGAGGCUGUAGCCAUUGGAGCUGCAAUUCAGGGAGGUGUGCUGGCUGGUGAUGUCACAGAUGUGCUGCUUCUGGAUGUCACUCCUUUGUCUUUGGGUAUUGAGACUCUGGGAGGUGUCUUUACCAAACUUAUUAACAGGAAUACCACUAUUCCAACCAAGAAGAGCCAGGUUUUCUCUACCGCUGCUGAUGGCCAAACUCAAGUGGAGAUUAAAGUGUGUCAGGGUGAGAGAGAGAUGGCUGGAGACAACAAGCUUCUUGGGCAGUUUACUUUGGUUGGUAUCCCUCCAGCCCCUCGUGGAGUGCCUCAGAUUGAAGUUACAUUUGACAUUGAUGCCAAUGGAAUUGUACAUGUUUCUGCCAAAGAUAAGGGUACAGGACGUGAGCAGCAGAUUGUAAUCCAGUCUUCUGGUGGGUUAAGCAAAGAUGAUAUUGAAAAUAUGGUUAAAAAUGCAGAGAAGUAUGCUGAGGAAGACAGGCGAAAGAAGGAACGAGUUGAAGCAGUUAAUAUGGCUGAAGGAAUAAUUCAUGACACAGAAACAAAGAUGGAAGAGUUCAAGGACCAACUGCCUGCUGAUGAGUGCAACAAGCUGAAGGAAGAGAUUUCCAAAAUGCGGGAGCUCCUGGCUCGAAAAGACAGUGAAACAGGAGAAAACAUCAGGCAGGCAGCUUCCUCUCUCCAGCAGGCAUCACUGAAGCUCUUCGAGAUGGCAUACAAAAAGAUGGCAUCUGAAAGAGAAGGCUCUGGAAGUUCUGGCACUGGGGAACAAAAGGAAGAUCAAAAGGAAGAGAAACAGUAAUAGCAGUACAUUUUGGAGUCAAAAGGACAGCAUACUAUGAAGCUUGGGAGUAGAGGGACUUCCUGAGCAGAAAUGAGGAAACUUCAGUCUUUUUACUGUGUUUUUGCAGUAUUCUAUAUAUAAUUUCCCUAAUAUGUAAAUGUAGUGACUGUUAGUGAAUGAUCAUUUAAUGGGUAAUCGAACAGUACAGAGUUCAGUGUUCUGUCCCUAGCCUGUCAUUUUUCAGUUGCAUGUAAAAGGGGAAUAGGACAAAUUAUUACUGAUUAUUAUAAUGACUUAGCAUUGAUUUUUGCUGGAGGAGUCAUAUUUUUGAGGGACGAAACCAUCUCACAUGCAGUAGAAGAAAUGGACGGUGGACCUGGAAGGAGGCCAGACGGGGUUGAAGAUCCUUGUUGGCCCAGAAUACUACUGUAAGGAAUGAACUUGUAUGUACACAGGAUCCUUCAGCUGAGGCCUUGCAAAGAAGCCACCUACCUGUGCCGUGUGGAUAGGGCAAAGGAAGCUAGGUCAAUAGAAAAUUAAACUUUGUUAGGCACUGAUGAAGUCCCUGAUGUUUUAAGGCAUACUUUUUUUUAGCUGUCCACUGGCCUAUGUCUGGCACCUUGAUUCUUUUUGAUCCAUUCUGGGUUUUUUUAAAAAAUAAAAAUGAAAAGCACCUCAA